AUGAAACCAAUAAUUGCAGUCCCAGCCACAGCCCUGCUGGUCUACCGCGCGUGGUCCAGGAAAUCGUUGACCCCCACGGGAAUCGUCUUCGCCACAAUCACUGCUAUUGUCCAUGCACUGUAUCCCUCCCCAGCGCCGUUUGCAUGUCUCGUUGUUUUUUUUCUCGGAGGGACCACCGUGACCAAGGUCAAGCACAGUAUCAAAGCUAAAUUAACGGUCGCAGCCUCUGGGGCGGCUGGCGGUGAUGGCCCAAGAACCCAUGUGCAGGUGCUGGCAAACUCCGCUGUCGCGUCGGUUUUGAUACUGCUUUAUACCCUGCAGCUCUAUCGGAAACAGCAGAGUAGCCCUUCAUGCUUCGCGUACGGGGAAGAUCUUUUGACCGUGGGGAUCGUUGCGAAUUAUGCCGCCGUAGCCGCUGAUACCUACUCUAGUGAACUUGGUAUUCUAUCCAAUUCUUCGCCUCGCCUAAUAACAUCCCUCCGAUUGCGCAAAGUCCCCCGUGGAACGAAUGGCGGUGUCACGCUUACUGGCCUUGCUGCAGGAGCACUGGGGGCUUCUACAAUUGCAAUCACUUCCCUGCUACUACUUUCGUUCUGCCCCUUAGGCCCGCUACCAGGGUUUUCUACCACAGGGCUUGAUGGCGGUCGCGCAUGGGGUGCAAGAGAGAAAUCUCUCUGGGUUCUGGCAGUGACUAUAUGGGGAACUUUGGGUAGCUUAUUGGAUAGCAUACUAGGUGGCAUGUUGCAAGCAACCGUCGUUGAUAAACGAACGGGCAAAGUAAUAGAGGGUGUAGGAGGCAGGAAAGUCCUCGUUUACUCUGGAGUCGUGAAACCUGUAGGUUUCGACAACAAAACUGUGCUACAAGGCAGUAAGCCGCGAGGAGCGGAAAACUUGGGUAGUGCGACCACACUUCGAAAAUUCAAGCGUGAAGUGGCGGACGAGCCUAUCGGACACUCGGAUGUGACGCAGGAGAGCCGAAAGAUUGAGACUGGGCACGACAUCCUUGAUAACAAUGCAAUCAACGUGUUAAUGGCAGCAAUUAUGAGUUUUGGGGCUAUUAUCCUUGCUGCGUAUAUAUGGGAUAUGCCUGUAACGAAUAUACUACUUUAG